GUGAAACAGAGGUUUCGAGUCUAGUAGACUCUAUCCGCAGCUCAUCUCAGAACGAUAAAAACCCAAUCAACAUCAGCGAGUCGAUGCGGGAGGCUGCGCAGGUGGCCAGAGGAUUCGACUUGCUCGAUUUCUACCCUUCUCUGGAGUUCUUACACGGGGCUAGCGGGCAGAAAUUGAAGACGGCCCAAAACAGAGCAUCAAUGUAUGGUUGUGGGAGUGGCAGCAGCGGCGGCCGGAAUCCUGUUGGUGGUUGGCUGCACAAGGAGCACAAGCGAUGGAUGAGGAUGGGGGAUUGGGUUGAGAUGGGAUGGAGAUGGCGGGGAGCAGAAUCCGCCGGAAGUUGCGAUUUGGUGUUCGGGUUUGGAGUGCGGAGGGACUAGAAACUCCCCGCAAGGGAUUGUUUGUUUAGAAUUUAGGUUAGAAAUGGAGGUUAGGGGUAAAUGUGUUAAUUUAGUGUGAUUUAGGGCAUAAAAUUUAAAUUUUAGGACGACGAAUAGCGAUUCAGUUAUUCUAAUUCCCUUUGAGGGUUUGUGCUAAUUCCUUUUACUAAAUUCUUUGCGAUGAUGGCCACUGCCAUCGAGCAGCGGCGGAUCCAGAACACAGAAGAGCACUGGGCCGCAUUUCAUUAGAAAAUUAGAACCGUAAAAAAUAUAAUGAUUAUAGUUUUUUGCAAGUAAAUUGUACACAACUGUAUUUUAAUUUAGGGAAUGCAUCAAUAAUGAAGUCUACAUCCAUAGCAAUAGUAUACACUGUUUCAAAUAAAAUACUUGAGCAAUCGGCGAGAAAUUCAUCGCUCAUUUUGUUGAGCAAAUCAGUUCUCACAUGUUUCAUUGUUAAAAUAGUUCUCUUCGUAGGAGCUGUUGAAACGAGCAGCAUCAACACUAGAUAAAUCAAUCGACUAAUCAAUUUACAUUGUGUGUCCAUCCUUGCAGACCAGCUGCUUUAGUAAAUUUGUAAGGGAACAAAUCUCAUAUUUCUUUUAUUCUUUUACGUUUUUAACUUUUUUGAAUUUUAGGUUUCAUUGUUUUUUUAAGACGCAUAAUCUUUGGGGCUAAAAUUUCUAGGCUAAAUUUAGAAUAGUGAUUUGAAUAUGUUCAACUUGAUAAUUUUUCUAGUUAAACCCAAUCUUAUCAUAGAAUAACAUUGGAUUGAAUGUUUAAAAUCAAAAAUUUCAUAAGGACUAUAGUAACUACGGAUCCAGAGGAGGGCUGGGCCGGGGCCUGGGGUGGCCACCCCCUGGAUCCGCCAGUGCCGUCGAGAAGCGGGACAGGGAGGAGACCGGUGAAGGGCCAUACGGACGACAAACGGCUCGAUCGGUUCCAGCGCCAGCUUACUUUCCUCUGCCUUGGUUUCGGAGAUGAAGUUAUGCGUGGAUCCACUGUCAACCAGCACCACAACCGAAGUUCCUUGGAGUUGCGCUGGAAAUCGUAGGGUUUUGGGACCCGAAACCCCAGCAGCUGCAUGAAGAGAGAUUGUGGAUUCAGAGUUUUGAGAGAUUGGGGAUUCGGAUUUUGCCUUGUCAUCACUGGCGGCAACGUAGGUCUCGUCGUUGUCGUCGGUGCGCGUCUCAUCAUGGGAGUUGGCGCGCUCAUUGAUUUCUUCCCACGCUUGGAAUUUAGCAUUGAGUUGCUUCAACGUCACGGCCGCUUCUGCACAAGUCGCCGUGAUAUCCCAGCGUAGUGCUAUCGAUCGUAACUUCAGUUCGCGGAUCGCGGCUAGGUCGAGAACCAGGCUCUGAUACCAAUUAAUGAACAGAUUCCCUCUAUUCUAGGAUUUUGCUCGAAACUCACGAGCAAGAAAACGAGCGUUGGUGUCGAUAAACCUUAACUUUAUUG